AUGGCGCUUCAAACAGCGGAGCAGAGAGAGUUCUACUUCCAGGAGUUCCAGAAGGAGUUCUGGUGGGAUAGGCCGGCGUACAGCGAGGAGAAUGAGGAGGACGAGACAGAAGAAUAUCUCUUGACGCAGGAUAUCUGGGAUGCUUGGAACGCGUUUUGGGACUCAGAGAAAGAGAGGAAGAGGUCAGAAACUGCCCGAGCAAAUCGGAUGAGCGAGCCAGCGGGCGCCAGUUCUGGACCUGUCCGCCAUACUGGUGGAUCUCGCUCUGCUCUCAAGCAUAUGGAUGUGAUGGAAAGUCAGCUUGGCCGGAGACCGAGUGCAACGGAGCUGUACACUCGCCUUCACUCCACGAAGGCUGACAAGAAGCCAAUUGAAAAUGCUUGUUGGUUAGGUGCUAAAUAUGUUAGGGUAGAUUGUUUAUUUGAAUUUAACAAGUUAGAAAUGGACUGGGAAGCCAUCACUGAGAGGCUUGUUGCUGCGACACAGCCUCAAACCGGAGAGGGUAGCUCCUCGAGUCCAGCGGCAGUGGACGAGACCCAGGUGUUUCUAGACAUCGAGGGCAUCAACAAGAAGAAACGUGUAUACGGCUUGGGUUCUGCGAGCAGCAGGUACGCCGGGAUAAGCAGCACGGUGCAGCGAGGCAGCUCCUCUAUGUCGUCGAAGUAG